CUCGAAGCGCGCCCGAUAAUCUCCAACCCGUGUCGUUUGGGGUUUAGGGUAAUAUCGGUGUUGACGAAGAAUUAUGCACAAGUUAAAGUCAUCGCAGAAGGAGAAAGUGAAACAAUUCGUCACUUUCACUCGAACUGGAGAGAAGACUGCAAUUUACUGUCUUACCAAACACGACUGGAAGUUAGACGUUGCUUCUGAUAAUUAUUUUCAGAAUCCAGAAUAUUAUUUUAAAGAACAUAAAGCGUCGGUGGAUAAGAAAAGACUAGAGCAACUCUAUAUCAAGUACAGAGAUCCUCAAGAAUCAGAUAAAAUAACUGCAGAUGGUAUUUUAAGAUUUUUAGAAGAACUCAAUUUAACACCAGAUAAUAGACUUGUGCUGAUAAUAGCAUGGAAAUUUAAAGCAGCAACACAAUGUGAAUUUACUAGAGAUGAAUUCAUAAAUGGAAUGACAGAAAUUGGUACUUAUUUAAUAGAACUGGAUAUGGCAAUAGCAUAUUGGAAUAUAGUUUUGGCAGGAAGAUUUAAGUUUCUCAACAUAUGGUGUCAGUUUUUACAAGAGCAUCACAAGCGAUCUAUACCAAGAGACACAUGGAAUCUCUUGCUGGAUUUUAGUGCCGUCAUCGCUGAUGAUUUAAGUAAUUACGAUAAAGAAGGUGCAUGGCCCGUCCUCAUUGAUGAUUUUGUUGAAUGGGCAAGGCCGAUGGUGACAACUGUCAUGGGAACACAAGUUUGAAUUCUCAUCAACUUGUAUCAUGUCACAUCCACCCAUGCCAAUUCAAUCUCUUUGUUUUGUGAUGAAAACAUUUUAUGUAAAUAUCAUCCUUGUAUGUUUUGUAGGAAACAAUGCAAGUUAUUUGAAAACUAUAGAUGAUAUUGUUUAAAAGUGAAAAAGCAGUAAAUUUAACAGAUCCAAUCAAACUAAAUUAAUUCUAUAAUGACUUUAAGACUUCUGUAAGUUGCUUGUAGUUUUUGAACAGGUGCAUAUAUGUAUGUACUGUACAUAUAUAUGAGAGGGAGAGAAAACGAAUUUCAUUAUAUAUGUGAAACAAAAAAAAAUUAGAUGUUUUUGUAACUUUCUAAUCUUCUCCACACAGCUUAACAGGAAUUUAUC